UAUCUUCCACCGACCGCAAGUGACGGGCUACACGACACGUGUCCGGGAUUGCACUUUUUGUUGAUCGAUUGUUGGAGGCGAAAAAAAUAACCUUCCCAACAAACGGCGCCAUCCGUUGUGGCGGAGCAAGAGCAGCAAGGGGUGUUUGUGACCAUCGGCAUGUGUCAGAAGGUCAAUUGCGUAUUUGCUGUCGCGUUUAUGGUGUCCAAUCCUUGGCACCGAACGUAACGCUUACUGUCUGUACGAUGCGCUGGUGCACAGGCCGAUGUGCACCAAAGGGUCUAUUUUUAUGAAGUAAGUUAUGAGAGGCCCUCUUCUACGUUUAAAGAGGUACAACGUUACGUGUCCCUUUUGCACAGAUGGACAUUCGCAAAAUGUCGAUGUUUGUGGAACAUGACAUUAAUGCGAGCUUUAAAGUUAAUGUUCCUACUAUUAACAGAUUAGAUACGCAGGUUUGCUAACCUGAGUUGCAUAAAUUUGUUGCAGUUGUUACAUCCACAUAAAAGGGCUAAUAAAAGUUGAUUGAUAGAAAAGCACGACCGAUUUGAUACAUCAAGGCAUUUCCAUUCGUUCAUCGAAAAAGACGAUCCUGUGCCAGCGUUGGCCAGCCGGCAACCCGACCACAAUAUUACAUGCUGCUGUUGCUGCUACUGAUAAGAAGCGCCUGCGUCGUGUCUGGACAUUCCGGAUAUGGUUCACGGUGUCUCCGUGGUGCGAGUGUGUCUGUGUGGUCACGACAGUUUACAAACAUACGUGUGCUCAUUUCCAGUGAAGAUGCCGUGUACCGUGUGUUCACUAUCGCGCCAGUUAAUAGUGGUAGUCGCGUACAAUCAGCAUGGCGUCAAAUGGUGCACAACGACGGCCAGGAGAAUGUUUUGAUUUUUUCAACCUCCAACCAUCAGAAUCCAGCCACUAUCAGAACCGAAUGGAGGCUGUGUUUUUUGGGGUGUUUUGCGAUAAGCAGUGCGCGGUUCAAUUUAUGAGGUUUUUUUUUCUCUCGAUGUGAUGUGCUUCUUACUCUGCUUUAUACACCUCUGCGAUUGCGUCUUCGACUCGGUUCAGUCUGUCUGGCCAUUACCGGCGGGACGGUGGUGCUGUGUGUUAGGGGUGAAACUCCCCCCGUACCAGUGUUACUAGGCGAGAGUGUUGGUUCGAUUCCUUUUUUUUAUGUGUACUAAAAGAACAAUAACAAAGAAGAGUGAAAAAAAACAUUCUACCGAAGUAGAUCGUUAAAGCUGAAAGGAUUGUCUCAUGAACGUUAGUGUGCCAAGGUGACUAUCUCAUUGGCUAACCGUGAGGAGUCAUCAUCAAUGGUCGGUACGGUUUACUGUGCCAUCACUCCCAACCAGCUGAUCGUGUGUUUACGAGUGAAGUUUUUGUGUGCGCUUGUUGUGACUCUGUCCCGCUAUCUCAAGGUGCACGGUUUAGCUUCCAUCAAACGGUGCAUAAUUGCAGUGUACAGGCUGUAAAUCAUUCUUCAAACGCUCAGUACGACGGAAUCUCACCUACUCCUGCCGGGGCAAUCGAAAUUGCCCGAUCGAUCAGCACCACCGAAAUCAGUGUCAGUUCUGUCGACUACGAAAGUGCCUCAAAAUGGGAAUGCGACGUGAAGGUAAGCUUGCCGUCCAGCGAGGUCGAGUUCCACCGUCACAACCACCGGGCAUACCGUACGGCCAGUACUCAAUACCAAACGGUGACUCCGUGACCGGGUUCAACGGUCACUCGUACCUUAGUUCCUACAUUUCGUUGCUGUUGCGGGCGGAACCCUACCCCACGUCCCGGUACGGUCAGUGCAUGCAGACGAACAACAUUAUGGGCAUCGACAACAUCUGCGAACUAGCUGCCCGGCUACUGUUCUCCGCCGUCGAAUGGGCCCGCAAUAUUCCCUUCUUUCCGGAUCUCCAAGUCACCGAUCAGGUGGCGCUGUUACGGCUCGUCUGGUCCGAGCUGUUCGUGCUGAAUGCCUCCCAGUGUUCGAUGCCAUUGCACGUGGCCCCGCUAUUGGCGGCGGCCGGUCUACACGCUUCCCCCAUGGCAGCCGAUCGGGUUGUCGCCUUCAUGGACCACAUCCGGAUAUUCCAGGAACAGGUGGAAAAGCUGAAGGCGCUACACGUCGACUCGGCCGAGUACUCCUGCCUGAAGGCGAUAGUCCUCUUUACCACAGGUAAAUUGCUGGACAAUCUCUUCGGCGAUGUCCACGCACUGCUUGCCAAAACCAGCACCCAGCUACACUCCCUCCAGUCCGAAUCGGACGUUAUCCAUCUGGUGCAGGUGCAUCUGUACCGCACCGGUACCAAUACUACCUCUAACACCGGGUUUAACACAACCGGUGGCAACACCGAUUCACCUAACAGCUCCAUUGCCAACAUAACCCUGAACAGUUCUAGUGGUAAUUCUUCACUCACCUCCUCAACCUCUAUGGUGUCCAACUCGGACCAGGCGGAUACAUCGGGUGCGCCCGCAGUAGCGUCCUCGAUUGCGUCCCCUUCGGUGACCACGACGACGCUACCGGCACCCAACUCCACCACCGAGGUCAACACCACCACCGCCCAUAACCAUAACAAUAACAAUGAUCUUAAAACCAUUAACCAUAACCUAACCACACAGUCAAACGCUAGUUCUGCGGCACCCAGUGUUUGUUCGCCAUCGCUAGUGGCGGCUGGUGUCGGAGCACUGUUUGGCAGCAAUGCGCAGUCGAAGACACCACCGCUGCCACUGUUCAACUUUCAUCAGAACACACCGAACCGAUCGUACCACGGCACGCUGGAUGACUUCGUGAAUCUCAGCAGCAGUAGCCCGUACGCGGUCGGUUCGGCCUUCUCGUCCAGUUUCGGCUCGAAUGGUAUAUUUACCCCGUAUGGUAGUAGUAGCUUGCAGGGUCCGAUACCUUCAACCGGUCCAAAGUAUCUUAGCCAUGGUGGAAGUAGCUCGGACUACAAGUUCUCCCCGUACAGUCCUUGGAGUAGACGAUAGUGUAAGCACAGUGACUCAAUUACUAGCGACGCCUUGUCCACGGGGAUAUGCUCUUUCGACUGAUCCCAUUCAUGUGAUUUCACUCGAAAAACCAUAUCACUCUGAUCGACACUGUACUUAUCGCACUGUGCAUAGCGGUAUUCUUUAGUUCCUAAUAUUUAAGCCUUCUAGUUCGUAGUUGUUCUGUACAGAUAAGCGUCCUAUUGUAUCAGUAUUUGUUACCAAAAAUACAAGUCAACGUUGCCAUGUAUAUCCAUAGCUCUAGUACUAGCUUAAUGUAAUGUAUCUCGCUCACCUUCCCUACCAUAAUGUGGUACUCUUAAGCUAUUUAUUUAACUUAUGCUCCACCCUGUACUGUAUUAAGCAUUGGUUACGUAGAUUCGUAAGUCUUCAUCUGUACACACAUCUGUGGGUUAUUUCUGGUCCACCUCUUCCUAGCUCGUUGCGCUGUACCUUUGUUUCAUCGCAAAAUUCGCUCAGGAUGGGAUUAGAUUAGACUCGAGACCAUGGCCUGCAAAAGUAGAGUGAAAAAUAAAUGCGAUUUCGUUCAGCAAAAAUAAAACCGUACCGUGUUCCGUUCAGUUUGCGAUGUUGUCGAAUAGUUUAAGUCCGUUGAUCGAUAGAGUGUGUAGUGUCUCGAUUUGGAGGAUUUUGCUUCUAGAGUUCUUCUCCGCGCGUACUGUAAGCAUGCAUUCUCCAAUGUUGGGAGUUUCGUGAUAGGGAAAGUUCCGUUCUCUUCUUGAGGUUUUCUGUAUCCGAUAGCUUCGCGUACUUGGUUGUCGCAUUCUGCAUGAUUCAAUCUUCCAAUGUGUGUCGUUCGUCAGAAUUCGUGUCGCAAUCAGGUCUCCGCACAUUUCUUCCUCACUCUGUCUUGACUCGUGUAUGUAUCUCGUAGGUUGUAGAUUGGAUUAGGUUGUACAUCACUCUCCUCGAGAAUUUCCGUAUUUUCUUGCCUUUUGAAUGACACACUCACACACACAUUUACACGUGCACUCCCGGAAUCUACCGAUCCGGUGCAAGGCGUCACAUACUCCAAAUUCCUAACCAUCAUUCCCGGUAACGGGCGACAUCGAACAGAAAUGUUGCACAUUAUGCGCGACGGAUGCCUUCAACCGCUCGCAUUGCGACAUUCACUGCAGCUCUUGUGUUUACCACUUUUCGGAUAACAUUACCGUGCACGGUGCCUCACAACACAGCGCAGGCAAAGAUGGGAUGCGAAACGAAACGAAAUCAGAAUCGGACACAACAACAACGUAAACCGAUGCGAAGCCGUGUUGCGAGGAAUUGCUUGGUUCGCUCUUGAAGAUUUCGUUGUUUGCUUUGUACUUGCACCGGGCAGCCUCUCCAAACCAUUUUCCACAAGUGAUCGUCCACAACGGAACUCGCGCAUUCACAUACAAGACGAAAGCGAUACACGGGGUGAGGAAGAGGGAAAAAAAAUCCGUCGACCACGGCCAAGAUGGAAGAUGUGAAGUGAAACAAACGCAAAACAUGAAUUCAUGUCUCGUGCAUUUUCAUCUUCAUCAUCAUCAUCAACGCCACGAACGUCCUCGUCGACGUUGACUGCGCCAAAGCGCCGCUGUUUCGUGACGUACCUGGCGUACCUAUCACUCCCGACGCUUACCCAACCAUCUGACAGUCUUCGGAACGUGGUGCUGGAGAAGGUAGCCGCAGCAGUAGCACUAUUGCCGCCGGAGCUGCUUCUAGCGUACUGUAUUCCCUUCCGGACAAAUGCUCAUAUUGUCUCCUCGGGCACUGGUGCAUAAAUAAAGCGUAUUGCUGCCUUGCCUCUCUUCUUGCAUCCCUUUAGCACCCCAAGUUCAAUCCGUCCAAAACGAAACGAAACGGAAGGAUCUCGGUUCGAGAUUAGAGACCAUGACCGUGAACGUACCGUUUCUUCUUUUCAAUUCUCGGCUACAUAGAACCAUCUUCUGCCGGUAGUCCUUUUUGUCCGAGAUCCGCCUCGGAAGAACCGAGAACUGCAAUGGGAAAAGGUCAGUGCGAUGGUCACACCGGUCCGUAGCGCGCGUACAUUUCGCGGGUUCCUACCGCCAUGGAACUGCCGGUUGAACUUCACGCGAGCUGAUCACCAACCGUUUUGCUAAUGGACCGAAUGCACUCUCAGCUGCCUUCAUUUGGCCGCUUUAGGGUGCAUGUUUCGCGGAAAUUAAAUUGAUAUAAUUUCACAACACAAAACACACAUAGGCUUCUGGAAGACAACCUUAUUUCCCGCUACCAUGCCUUACCGCCACAGGACGCGCUAUCUGACCCGAGGUACAUUCGUGCCAAGAUGUUACGACUCUUGGCGCCUGCCUAGCGACACGACCAGGGAAAUGUUGCACGUUUCCGAAACGCUUAUCGCACGGGAUAAAUUAGCGAUGUUUACAAGAGCUGGUAAUGUACCAAUUCGAUGUUUCGAAUGAAAACGAACACCGAUGGAAUGCACCAAGGUUUUUCGAGUCUGUUUUCCAGCGCCCCGCGCACACUAAAGGUUCACAUAGGACGCUGUGGAAGUCAAUUGUCAAUAAGAGAGUUUUAAUUUACUAUUAUUUUAAACCCAAAGAUGAACUUUAUUUUGGUUUCAUUCAUUCACAUGCAUA